AUAGUUGACCCUCGCGUCCACCUCUGCAUCGAAUCCUCAGUGUACGUCCGCGCCAGUUCGCGGUUUCCAUCGUUUUAUCCGCCGUCCGUACAUCUUCCACGACGGAGUCCGUCACAACUUGAUAAUCCUCCGUCGUCCGCAGCGAAAAGUGAUAGUAAGGUGCGGUAUCACUUCGCGUGCACACUCACGCCGAUAUAUUUCACCUGGCCGAUGCGCCAGGAAUCACCGAAUCACCCCCAGCCAAAGGGGACAAAUAUUUGCCACGAAUAAAAAAGAAUCAUUCGCCCGUAGUCACUCGUUUGCUCCGAUUGUUUUCUGCGUAUGUAUGAGAGUGAUUUUUUAGUGUUGGUGGAGCAAUAGAGAAACAAGCUUAUACGACAACGGCACUGGGGAGUCUCCGGGCGCGGUUAAACACCGAGGAAUACGUUGAAACAGUGAAUUAUUACUCCUCAUCAUGUACUGAAAAAUGGUCUGAUUGACUCAUCAUGACCGUCGAUUUUGCUGAUUACUUUUGGGGGUCUUGGUUUUACGAGGAAUAACACCAUAAGUGGUGCAAUUAUGUUCCUGGCAUGACAAGUAUCAAUUUCAUAUCAGCUUCCCUAGCGAAUUCUCAACUGAAAUAAGAAUAAUGAGAAGUGAUCGCUGUUAAUUUUGAAUUUGCACUGAGUAACUUGGAAAAGCGAGGGAAACCGGUCGAACCACUGGUACUUUAGCCUUGUCGUGUUGACGCUGACAAAAACCUCACUUACUGCCACUAUUCAUCUCGGAACAAAGUAUCCACAGAAUGAAACAGUGAAACGUUGAGACAAUGAUCAAGUGAAGGAAAAUGUCUCAAGUCAUUAUUUCAUUCUUAAGGUGUUUUGAGCCGUGAGAUCUUGUCUCACGCAAUGCUAGUCAAUCUAUGAGACGUCUUCAGCAUGAGGGAGAUACUAAAAGUGCAGCUACUCACCAGUUGGAUAGCUCUCAACGUCUCCAGGAGCACGUCAUCAUGCAUUCUUUAUCAAUCAUAUCAUGCAGCGGUUGAAAAAGGGGGAACUCUCGUGCGUCAUUGAAAAAUAAAAUUGUCAAGCAAUUGAGAGAGACGAGCUGCACUUCAGCGAUCAUUCUCGUACAUCGUAUGAAAAGGAUAAUUAUCCAACAUAUAAAAAAAAGGAGACACAGCGAUUAGAACGAACUUAAAAUUAUCUUAUCUCUCUGAAUUACUGCCUUUCCUCGGAAUCCAGAAAGUACUCAAUUCAUCCCACAAAAUAUAUUAUUCAAACGUUCGUUGUAUCGCUGUCCAUGAACGUCUGCAUGACCUCUAAAUCUCGACCCAAACACUAUCUAGCUAGUUGAACGCCCACGGAAGUCACGGGUGAAAAAAAUAAUGGAUUUGACGUGCUGUAUCAUAACAUGAAACAUGGAGUUGUGGCUAGCAAAGAACUGGCUGAAUUUCUCCGUGAGAGAUCGACCAUCGAGGAGAACAACUACAAACUCCUCAGCAAAGUUGCUAAACAAGCGAGCAACAGUAGCAGUACCCAGGGAACAUUUGCACCAGUAUGGGCAGCACUACGAGGUGCUGCGGAGAAACUCGCGGGUCUUCACCUUCAAAUGGCCCAACGAGUCUCCGAAAUCAUCAAAGACGUGUCGAAAUACGCUGACGAGCUUCACAAGAGGCACAAGGCUGUAAAAGAGGAAGAGUCCUCGACUCUGGAGGUAGUUCAAAAUAUUCAGAGUAUCACAGUGACACUCCAGAAGGCCAAGGACAUGUGUAUGCAGAAGGCGUUGGAGUUAGAGAAGCUUCGAAAGGACAGUGCCAGUCAGCGGGAGCUGGAGAAGGCUGAGGCCAAGUUUAAGAAGACCCAGGAUGAUUAUAAAACACUUGUGGAUAAAUACACUGCUGUUAGAAAUGAUUUUGAGACCAAAAUGACAGCUGCAUGCAGGAGAUUUCAAGACGUGGAGGAGACCCAUCUGAGGCACAUGAAGGAGUUCCUGAAUACCUACGCCGAUGCCCUUCAAACCAAUCACGAGCAGGUUGGACAGGUUCACAUUGACUUCAAACGCCAGUGCCUGGACAUGACGGUGGAAAAACUACUGGAGCAAUUUGUGCAGUCAAAGUAUACGGGCUUCGAACGGCCAGGUAAUCGUCGUGACUUUAUCAACGACACUACGAAAGCCACUGAUGAUGUACCUAAUACGCCAGGAGUGAUCGAGUAUGACGAGGUGAUGACGAGUCUAGCCGAGAUUGCCAGUCAGACCCAUCAGCUGGAGGUGACUAAUGAUGCAAUUGCCAAGGACACAACCACCAAAGGAACUAAUGGAGAAACAGGCGUUGCUGGGUUUCUCCGCAGUAGACGAGAAAAGAGAAAGGAGAAAAAGGCGAAGAAGAAGAAGGACUCGGUGGACACGAGCAGUAACAAGGAAGAAAAGUCUGACCUAGAGGAGAAGGACGAGAGCCGAAAAUCCGAGACACCAACACCGGAAGUUGAUGAAGAUGGUUUUUGCAUAAGGCCAAAGCCCGAUCCUUGGGAAAAUGAGAAAGGUUUUUACUCGAGUUCGGACACUGAAUCGGAGGACGAGAGAGAAAGAAAAAUAAGAGUUGAGAUAAAACCAUUGAGCAAUGGUGGUGCACCCAUGAGUGCAAGUGUCGACGAGUUGAGAGCGACUGUUGAGAAUCUCUCGUUGUCACCGGCACCCACGGGUCGUAGGGGUUCGAAUACCGAUUCGGAUCAUCUUAUGAAGAGAUCCCAGUCGGUUUCCCAACAGCUUGGUAAACCAAGUUCCGAUUUACUUGGAUUAAAUUUAUUCAAUCCAAGUAGUACACCAUCGAGUGCCUCAACACCAACAGCGAGUCAUCCUUAUGCACCUUUGCAGAGUCCACCACCAAUGUCAUCAUCACCAGUGCCACAGAGUGCACCACCACAAUUGACGAGUUUGCAUAAUAAAUUUCCCGAGGGUGAUUUAUUUUCGGAGGUCGGUGAUAUUACACCAGCAUUACCACCCAAACAAUCAGCCUCGUCAACACCAACGGGAUCAAUUGCUAUUCCAAGGCCACCUUCACGACGAAGUGAGGGCCCAACUAGGGGGCGAGCAUCGCCUGCCACUAUAUCGAGGGCUGAUAGUGUCGCCAGUUUGGAGUUUCGCACUGCUGGAGUUGGGGUGGGAUCGUCCAGGGGACCAUCCCCUCUCACUAUAGGCCUUGCCGAUACCAUUCCUCUUGCAGUGGCUUUCCACGAAAUUGUUCACUCAUACUUCAGAGGAACCGAUGAAAAUCGCUGCCAGGUGAAACUCAGUGGGGAUAUGAUGUUGUCCUUUCCUGCGGGAAUUGUCGCUGUCUUGGCAAACAAUCCCAGUCCUGCUAAGCUGUUGUUUAGAAUCAGGAAUAGUAAUCGGCUAGAACGAUUACUCCCUAAUAAUCAACUUGUUAGUAUUGACGCCACUCAGACGACAGCAGACUGUACAAUAUUCGAGUUUAAUAUGAGUGCCUUAACCACAUUGCUACGUCGUCAGGCAGAGCAGAACCCCUCAGCUUCGUACUUCAAUGUGGACAUUCUCAAGUAUCAAAUUAAGAAUAAGGAGGGUGCAGGCUCUUGUCCAUUUCAACUAGUGGCGUACUGGAAGUGUGAGUCUACGCACACAGAUCUCAAGAUUGACUACAAGUAUAACAGUCGUGCAAUGGCCUCGCCAAGUCCCCUCUUGAAUUUACACGUAGCAGCCCCUAUUGACGGUGGCUUCAAAAGCCUCCAUAGUAAGCCAUCAGCCCAGUGGCUGCCCGACACAAACAGAUUACUUUGGAAAUUUACCGAGUUGUCUCAGCACAGUGAAAGCAAUGGAGUUGGUUCAUUGAAAGCACGAGUUGAGCUGGAACGUGGCCCGGGAUCUCAGGGGACCAUUGUAACUCAGUUCAAUUGCGAGGGAACAACUCUCUCAGGCGUUGAGUUUGAACUUGUCGGUGCUGGUUACAGGCUAAGUCUCGUGAAAAGACGAUUUGUAUCCGGCAAAUAUAUUUGCGAUGGAGACAGCGAUCCGAGAACACGUUAUGCUGCUCCACCGCCCAGCACUGAUUGACGUUUACCCGAAUGGUAACAAAAGUGGGAAACACAGCCCACUUGAUCGCAGUAAAUCCUGUGUUGCUCACUGCCGAUGCCUUAGAUGAUCCAAUGGACAUUGUGGCCAACGUGGAUUAAAAACACAAAUUACAAAUGUGCGAUUGAGGGGUGACUGAUAGAGUUUUCGGAAUUGGAAAUGUGCAACUGAAGGUAUUUGUGAGUUAAUGUUUCGUGCAUACGAAGGGAAGAUGUUCAAGAGUUAUUAAUUUUAAGAUAAUAAGUUCCUGGUUACUUUCUGGAAACAUAAAAUUGUAGAAUAAAAAAUUAUGGAUCUGUGUACUCGAUUUUUGUAAUACACAGUCCUGAUUUUCACGAAUUUUUAAAUUAAGGGUUGGAGACUGCUACUAGUUAGAAAAAUCAAAAGCUGUUCGAGUGGGGAUCUCUCUAUCUUCUUAAUUUUUUGUUGCUCUUGUAAUACGCAUGCGAAACCUGAUAAUUCGUCUUGGGAAAUUAUUUCUUACAGCAAUUGACCAAACGUCUGUGAAAUUAGAAUUCUAAAUUAGAAUGAUAAGUAUAAAAACAGUGCAGCCCAUUUUUUAAUUGAACAUACUUUUUUUUGCAAACAUUUAAAAUUAUACUGCAUAGUUUUUUUUACGAACAAUCAAUUCACAUUAAAUAUAGAGAAAACUCCGAGGUCUUCACUCAACCCGUCUUAGUUAAAAUACAUAGCGAUCUCCCCUCAAAUAUAAAUGAGAUUUUUUUACUGCAGGAUUGAUAAUUGAGAUACUUAUAGCCACUCGGGAAAUACUCUGGAAGUAUGGGCUCUCACAAAUGGAAAAUGAACGAUUUCUUGAUUUUAUGUUCCUAUAGAGUCGACGAACAACUUUUUAAAAUUAAUAGAUAACAUGGGAGAAUUUUCUAUUCAACAUCCUACAACCUGAAAAACUCAGUUAUCUACCCUUAAAGGCUGUUGGAUACCAAAGAGAUAUAUGACCGCUUCUGAUUUUGGAUGAGCUUAUGCCCUUUUAUUCCUUGUGAGAAGAGAUAUCCGAACACCGUAACCUUCCUCGGAAUAAAAAUUCGAACACAAAAUUUAAGACAAUUAAAUUAAUGUUCAUUUGAAAAUAGAUGUAUUCAGUUCAGAAAAUCAUCUUUAUGAUCUUUUUAUUGAAUAGGAACAUAGGGUAAGAAACCACGGCACUGACAAGAUUUUCUGUGCAAAAUCAUGAGGAAUUAAAAAUUAUUUCAAUAAGGAGAAAUUUGUGCUACAGGAUAAUUAUUAUGAAUUGAAAAAAUAACGGGCUAUUGGAGGGAUUCUAUCAUCAAUGUUUAAAAAAUCCUAUUUCAAUAGGCCGUAAAUUUUCAAACUCGAUAAUCUCGACCACUCAAACUUUACGAGAUAGCAAAUAUUUUUUUUUCGUGACAAUAUCGAAAGCCAAAUUAAUUUGCCAUUCUCUGUUGUACUGUAUGAUUGUGUUAGUUCUUGUUCCACACGUUGAAAUGAUUAUUCAUCCAUGAUAAUUGCAUUAAUAUACUCGUUAUAUUGUUCCAUAUUGUUAGUUGUUUAAGCACACGAAGCAGAUAAAUCCAAAAUUUGAUUAUGAUAAUCAAGAAUCUUGAAAUUUGUGGAUAAUAUUACGAUUAAUUUCCCUUGAAGUAUUUUUUUUUGCUUUUAGUGGUGUGCAAAGUCUAUUUGAGAGCAAUAAUACGCGAUGACUAUAGAAAAAACAAGAGAUUUGAAUAUUACGGAGUCUUGUUAUUACUGGAUUUUCAUUGAGUUCUCGUAUAUAGUUGAGCAACACAUACUCAUUGAAAAUCUUCGGAGUGUAUGAUAUUUUACAGAGACAUUCCCCUUGAACUCUCUGAACUGAUUUACUCAGAUUUACUCAUCAAUUACAUAUCUGCAGAGAAUAUUUUGCAGACGGUGAUGAAGAAUCCAUGGUUCGUUUGUUUUGGAUCUAUUGAAAAGGCACUUUAAAUUAUUUCAUAACUCCCUCAUUCCAAUUUAAAUGAUAAUUAAUUGAAUAAUCGAUGAUUAUAUUUCAAGUUGUCAAUAUCUCGGUUUUUCUAACAAUGUCAUUUGUAUUAUAAAUGAACAUAAAAUACGAGAAACUUUAUAAGACACGUUCAACCGAGAAUGUUAACGUGAUCCAGCGUGGACACGGCUGUAAAUAAUCUCGAUAGAAUUAUAUCAAAAAGAAUAUUUACAUAAAUGACGAUUCAUCAUUACAAUAAACGAAAAUUCAUUUUGAAUCAUA